AUGGUGAUUCUCUGGAGGCUGAGCAUCCUCUGCAGUGCCCAAGGAGGCCAAGCUCUAUACCUGCAAACCCCAGUGGUCAGACGUGCUCAUGUCUCCACAUUUCUCCAGGACUGACCUACCCCAAAAUAGUGCAGAGUGCAUGUGGUGCAGCACAUUCACCUGUCACCAAGCCACCACUGGGCCUUGGACAAGUUGUUACUGACUAUGUGCACGGGCACACAUCGCAGAAAGCUGCUGAGGCAGGCCUUUUGGCACUCUCACCUUUAA